UCGGGCCGCGCAGCCGCCAUUGCUCUCCAGCGUUCGGGGGUUCUUGUUGGCAGUCUGCUAACGAGGAAGAAAGGUUGAGUGCGACUCCUCGACGACAGCGCCUUGCAGCUGCAGGGGCAGGACACACAGGGCGGGUGUCCCUUUAGGCCUGACUGACUGGACACGAGCCAUGGUCCAUGCUUUCCUCAUCCACACCUUGAGGGCCCCCCAUGCUGAGGACUCGGGCUUCUGCAGAGUGCUGUAUUCCUGCAUCUUUGGCACGGAGAAGUCACCUGAUGACCCACGGCCACAUGGUGCUGAGAGGGACAGGCUUCUCCGCAAGGAGCAGAUUUUGGCCGUGGCCAGGCAGGUGGAGUCAAUGUGCCAGCUGCAGCAGCAGGCGUCUGGCAGGCCCCCCAUGGACCAGCCCCAAUCCUCAGAUGAGCCAGUGCCCCUGCAUGAGGCCCCACGUGGGGCCUUCCGCCUAGCUGCAGGGGACCCCUUCCAGGAGCCUCGGACAGUGGUGUGGCUGGGUGUGCUUUCAUUAGGCUUCGCCCUGGUGCUGGACGCCCACGAGAACCUGUUGCUGGCUGAGGGCACGCUCCGGCUGUUGGCUCGCCUCCUCCUUGACCACCUCCGGCUGCUGGCCCCUGGUGCCAACCUCUUGCUGCGGGCUGAUCGCAUCGAGGGCAUCCUCACUCGUUUCCUGCCCCAUGGUCAGCUGCUCUUCCUCAAUGAGCAGUUCGUCCAGGCCCUGGAGAAGGAAUUCAGUGCUGCUUGGCCCCGCUGAUUCCAUGUUGGGAUGGGGCUUCCUGAGAGGGCAAAGUGGAAGGGCAGAGGCUGGACACAGCCAGGUGAAGGGUGGCAGCUGCCUCCUGCCCGGUCUGCUUCCAGCUCUGAUGUGCUGCCACACCUGGGACGAGUGAGCUGUGCAGAGGGUAUAGGAGGUGCUGUGUCUGUCCUCAGGUUUGUGGAAGCACAGAACAUCCUGAGCCUAGAGCCACCAUGUGACUUUCAGAUGGCUAUGUUGUGUCAGCCAUGCCUGGCCUUAAUCCAGCCCCAACUGCUGCUCCUGUGGAGCUGUCAGGAGGGGCUGCCAAGAACUUAGCCCACUGUCUCCUUCCAAACUCAGUCUUUGCAACACGGAAGAGGUCUCGGAACUCUGCAUGCACCUUGGCAGGCCCCAGCCCCUGCUUUUGUGUCCACUUAGGCAAUAUCAUCAAGGAUUUUGUCAGCAAGGGCCUGAUUGGUGUCCAGCCCCACCACGGGUCAGAAAUGUGUGAGUCAUUCAGCAGAAGGAUUCUGUAGCUCCUUUUGUGCCAAGCGCAUGCCCACCCAGCAGGCCUCAGAUAAGAUCAUCACAGCCUCCCCUCGUCUGCAGGGAGAGAAGGUACCAUCAGAUGAAUGCAAGAGAUCUGGUCUGAUGACAUUGUCUUUCUCAUUUUGAAUUAAAAGCACUGGAUGUAUGAUCUCA